CAUACAUCCACGGUCAAACGACGGAUGUACGUUGGUUUAAUGUGUACUUCUGUCACUGAGUUUAAAAAGCGAGGCGUGUUUGAACGAUUUGGAAACGUUUGCGUCCAACAAACAACAAAGAAUGACGCUCAUAAUUCACAGUGUACGCCUCGUGUCGGCCAAUGACGCUCCCGUGCUAGCGUCCUGCAACUUCAACAACGAUAGCGCGCCAUUCUGCCGCUUCGUCCAGGAUUCAUCUGACCGUGGGGACUGGACCAGACACAGAGGUCCAACCCCGACGGAAGAAACGGGUCCUCCGGGAGAUUACCCAGACGGAGAGGGAGCUUAUAUUUACCAAGAAUGCGACAAUGUGGCGAACGGGCACCACACUCGUCUGCUGAGUCCCACGCUAUUAACGGAGGCGUCGCAGAUCUGCGUCCAGUUCCGGUAUUACAUGUACGGACUGGACGGUUCCAAUCAUUUGAGGGUGUUGGUAAAGACGACAAAUGACGAGGAAGAGUUGUGGAAAAGAACUGGUAUUCAGAGUCCAUCGUGGUUGGAGGGCGACGUCACUGUGCCUAAUUCGAGCAAUCAGGCAAUCACUAUUGUCUUCGAGGCUCAGCGAGGCAUCAACGAAUUUAGCGACACAGCACUCGACAACAUUGUCAUUAGCGAAGGAGCUUGUCUCAUUUGUGUUUCUGGCUGCGACUUCGACACCAUAGACGAUUACUGUGGGUGGACUCCUAUUGCUACUGACCCGAGUAUAUACGGCUUUGAGCAAUGGGCUGGUGGAACGGAAACACCAGGCACUGGACCUGAAAAUGACUUCUCCAAACCUGGAUUGGGACUCUACAUGCUGAUGGAUUCUAGCUAUGCUAACGAAGGAGUUGAGGGAGAAAUCAGAAGUCCUGUGAUAAGCCAUUCUUCUGGAUGCUUGGAGCUUACCUUCCAUUAUUAUCUGUAUGGAAGCAGCGAGACCGUGCAACUCCGUGUCCACACCUUGACAGGGGAAAUCCUUGGACCCGCUCUCUUCACUGUCACGGGGAACCAGGGUCAAGCUUGGAAGCCUGCAAAAGUCCGUUAUCUUGGAAAUGCUGAAAUACAGUUCGUCAUUGUGGGCAAAUAUGGAGAGACGCCGGAGACCGACAUUGCUGUUGAUGAUGUGUGUGUCAUGGCCUGUCAAGAUCAUCUUACAACUCAACCGCCACCAGUGUCUACGACAAGUGACGGAACAUCUACACCGAAUCCCACAACUCCAAAACCGACUACACCGAAACCAAUUCAGUGCCCUCCAAAUGCAGAAUACAUAGAAUGUGGGCCGGCAUGUAUCCCCUCCUGCAUGAACCCCUCCACGAACUGUAGCGGCCCCUGCAUCACCGGCUGCUUUUGCAAACCAGGGUUUGUCUUCAAGGGAAAAACCUGUGUGCCGAUAGAGAAAUGUGGUUGCCUGGAUCACAACAAUAACUAUUAUGAGCCUGGAGAGAUCAUAUUUGGAGACGGCUGCUCGAAGUUGUGUCGCUGUGCUGGGAACUACACACUGGAAUGUGAGGACAACACCUGUGAUCCAACUGAGGAGUGUCGUGAAGUUAACGGUGUCGCCGGAUGCUACCCUAAAGGUACAUCCUCCUGUAUAGCAUCUGGAGAUCCACACUACACGACUUUUGACAAGCGCAAGUACAACUUCAUGGGCAACUGCACUUACCAAAUGACUGGAGUCUGCAAUGAAUCGGCUUUAACCAACUUUGCGGUUUACGCUGACAAUGAAAACCGCUAUAACAGACCCAGUAUCUCCUAUGUGAGAGCGGUGCAUGUGUAUGUAGAAGCUGGAGGUGUCUCAAUCUUCAAGGGCGGUGCUGUGCAUGUGAAUGAUAUCAAAGUGAAUCUACCGGUAAAUCCGUUUCCAGGCGUCUCUGUGUUCAAAUCAGGGAAGCACUACACUGUGUCCUUGGAUUUUGGAGUGACAGUGCGUUAUGAUGGAAACCACUUUAUGGACAUCAAAGUGAUUAAAGAUUAUAAGGGUAUCUUGUGUGGACUGUGUGGAGAUUACAAUGGUAAUUCCAAAGAUGACUUCCAAAUGCCGGAUGGUUCAUUGACCAAUAGUGCCAAUGAGUUUGGAAACAGCUGGAACGUUGAUCCAGAGUGUAACAAUAAACCCAACACCACUCAUCCUGGAUGUGAUCCAGAGGAGCAGAAACUCUAUGAGAGCUCUGGAUAUUGUGGUAUCCUGUUGGACAAAAACAGUCCUUUUGCUGCGUGUCAUGCCAAGGUCAACCCCAAUGGCUACUUCAAGGACUGUGUCUUUGACCUGUGCGAGCUUGAUGGAGUUCACUCCAUUUUGUGUGAAGCAAUCGAAGCCUACGUCAACGAGUGUCAGGAUCGUGGGGUCAACAUCGGAACUUGGAGGAAUGAAACCUUCUGUCCACUUGACUGCCCUCCCAAUAGCCAUUACGAGCCCUGUGCAGACCCCUGUCAAGAGACAUGUUCAGGGAGACCCUCAUCUUGUAACGGACCGUGUACCGAGUCCUGUGUGUGUGACCCUGGCUUCAUCCUGAGUGCUGGCAAAUGUGUCACCAACUCUUCCUGUGGCUGCAAACACACUAAUGGACAGUAUUAUGAGCCUGGAGAGGAGUUCUAUGUUGACAACUGUAAUCUGAGGUGUAGGUGUGAUGUACCAUUUGUUACGUGCACGGGAUCUCAAUGCCCCCCAAUGCAGGAGUGUCAAGUCCAAGGGGGAGAGUUGGGUUGUUACCCAACAGGAACAACAACUCCAAAACCGACGACACCAAACCCAAUUGAGUGCCCUCCAAAUGCGGAAUACAUCGAAUGCGGCCCAGCUUGCAUCCCCACAUGCAUGGACCCCUCCACCAAUUGUAGUGGCUCCUGCAUCACCGGUUGCUUUUGCAAACCAGGGUUUGUCUUCAAGGGAAGACACUGUGUACCAAUAGAAAAAUGCGGUUGUCUCGAUCACAAUAAUAACUAUUAUGAGCCUGGAGAGAUUAUAUUUGGAGACGGCUGUUCAAAGCUGUGUCGCUGUGCAGGGAACUACACUUUAGAGUGCGUGGAUAACACCUGCGAUCCCACUGAGGAAUGUCGUGAAGUUAACGGUGUUGCUGGAUGCUACCCUAAAGGUACAUCCUCCUGCAUAGCAUCAGGGGAUCCACAUUACACGACAUUUGACAAGCGCAAGUACAACUUCAUGGGCAACUGCACCUACCAAAUGACUGGAGUCUGUAAUAUAUCAGCUUUACCAAAUUUCACGGUUUAUGCUGACAACGAGAACCGCUAUAACAGACCCAGCAUCUCCUAUGUGAAAGCAGUGCAUGUUUAUGUAGAAAGCAAUGGUGUGUCCAUCUUCAAGGGUGGUGCUGUGCAUGUGAAUGGAAUCAAAGUGAAUCUACCAGUGACUCCGUUCGCAGGUGUCUCUGUGUUCAAAUCAGGGAAGCACUACACCGUGUCCUUGGAUUUUGGCGUUACGGUGCGCUAUGACGGAAACCACUUUAUGGACAUCAAAGUGAUUAAAGAUUAUAAGGGUAUACUGUGUGGACUGUGUGGAGAUUACAAUGGAAAUUCCAAAGAUGACUUCCGCAAGCCAGAUGGGUCAUUGACCAACAAUGCAAAUGAGUUUGGAAACAGCUGGAAUGUUGAUCCAGAGUGUAACCAUAAACCCAACACCACUCAUCCCGGAUGUGAUCCAGAGGAGCAGAAGCUCUAUGAGAGCUCUGGAUAUUGUGGCAUCUUGUUGGACAUAAAUGGUCCUUUUGCUGCAUGUCACGCUAAGGUCAAUCCAAAUGAUUACUUCAAGGACUGUGUCUUUGACCUUUGCGAACUUGACGGGGCUCACUCCAUUCUGUGUGAAGCCAUCGAAGCCUACGUCAACCAGUGCCAGGAUCGUGGAGUCAACAUUGGACCCUGGAGGAACGAAACUUUCUGUCCUCUUGACUGCCCUCCCAAUAGCCAUUACGAGCCCUGUGCAGACCCAUGUCAAGAGACAUGUUCGGGUAGACCCUCAUCCUGCAGCGGACCUUGUACCGAGUCCUGUGUAUGUGACUCUGGCUUCCUCCUAAGUGCUGGCAAAUGCGUCACAAACUCUUCAUGUGGCUGCAAACACACGAAUGGACAGUAUUAUCAGCCUGGAGAGGAGUUCUAUGUUGACAACUGUAAUCUGAGGUGUAGGUGUGAUGUACCAUUUGUGACGUGUACCGGAUCUCAGUGCCCACCAAUGCACGUGUGUCAAGUCCAGGGGGGAGUGUUGGGGUGUUAUCCAACAGGAACGACAACACCAAAACCAACAACUCCAAAACCGACGACACCAAAGCCAAUUGAGUGCCCUCCAAAUGCAGAAUACAUCGAAUGCGGCCCAGCUUGUAUUCCCACCUGCAUGGAUCCUUCCACCAAUUGUAGCGGCUCCUGCAUCACUGGUUGCUUUUGCAAACCAGGGUUUGUCUUCAAGGGAAAACACUGUGUACCAAUAGAAAAAUGUGGUUGUCUCGAUCACAAUAAUAACUAUUACGAGCCUGGAGAGAUUAUAUUUGGAGACGGCUGCUCAAAGCUGUGUCGCUGUGCAGGGAACUACUCUUUGGAGUGCGUGGAUAACACCUGUGAUCCUACUGAGGAAUGUCGCGAGGUGAACGGUGUUGCCGGAUGCUACCCUAAAGGUACAUCCUCCUGCAUAGCGUCAGGGGAUCCACACUACACGACGUUUGACAAGCGCAAGUACAACUUCAUGGGCAACUGCACCUACCAAAUGACUGGAGUCUGCAAUAUAUCAGCUUUACCAAAUUUCACGGUUUAUGCUGACAACGAGAACCGCUAUAACAGACCCAGCAUCUCCUAUGUGAGAGCAGUGCAUGUGUAUGUAGAAGCUGGAGGUGUCUCCAUCUUCAAGGGCGGUGCUGUGCAUGUAAAUGGAAUCAAAGUGAAUCUACCAGUGACUCCGUUUGCAGGCGUCUCUGUGUUCAAAUCAGGGAAGCACUACACCGUGUCCUUGGAUUUUGGCGUGACGGUGCGCUAUGACGGAAACCACUUUAUGGACAUCAAAGUGAUUAAAGAUUAUAAGGAUAUACUGUGUGGACUGUGUGGAGAUUACAAUGGAAAUUCCAAAGAUGAUUUUCGCAAGCCAGAUGGGUCAUUGACCAACAGUGCCAAUGAGUUUGGAAACAGCUGGAAUGUUGAUCCAGAGUGUAACAAUAAACCAAACACCACUCAUCCUGGAUGUGAUCCAGAGGAGCAGAAACUCUAUGAGAGCUCUGGAUAUUGUGGCAUCCUGUUGGACAAAAACAGUCCUUUUGCUGCGUGUCAUGCCAAGGUCAACCCCAAUGGUUACUUCAAGGACUGUGUCUUUGACCUGUGCGAGCUUGAUGGCGUUCACUCCAUUUUGUGUGAAGCAAUCGAAGCCUACGUCAACGAGUGCCAGGAUCGUGGGGUCAACAUUGGAACUUGGAGGAAUGAAACCUUCUGUCCACUCGACUGCCCUCCCAAUAGCCAUUACGAGCCCUGUGCAGACCCCUGUCAAGAGACAUGUUCGGGUAGACCAUCAUCCUGCAGCGGACCUUGUACCGAGUCUUGUGUGUGUGACCCUGGCUUCAUCCUGAGUGCUGGCAAAUGCGUCACCAACUCGUCCUGUGGCUGCAAACACACGAAUGGACAGUAUUACGAGCCUGGAGAGGAGUUCUAUGUUGACAACUGUAAUCUGAGGUGUCGGUGUGAUGUACCAUUUGUUACGUGCACUGGAUCUCAAUGCCCCCCAAUGCAGGAGUGUCAAGUCCAGGGGGGAGAGUUAGGCUGUUACCCAACAGGAACGACAACACCGAAACCAACAACUCCAAAACCGACAACACCAAACCCAAUUGAGUGCCCUCCAAAUGCAGAAUACAUAGAAUGCGGCCCAGCUUGUAUCCCCACCUGCAUGGAUCCCUCCACCAAUUGCAGCGGUUCCUGCAUCACCGGUUGCUUUUGCAAACCAGGGUUUGUCUUCAAGGGAAGACACUGUGUACCAAUAGAAAAAUGCGGUUGUCUCGAUCACAAUAAUAACUAUUAUGAGCCUGGAGAGAUUGUAUUUGGAGACGGCUGCUCAAAGCUGUGUCGCUGUGCAGGGAACUACACUUUGGAAUGUGUUGAUAACACCUGCGAUCCCACUGAGGAAUGUCGCGAAGUUAACGGUGUCGCCGGAUGCUACCCUAAAGGUACAUCCUCCUGCAUAGCAUCCGGGGAUCCACACUACACGACGUUUGACAAGCGCAAGUACAACUUCAUGGGCAACUGCACUUACCAAAUGACUGGAACCUGCAAUAUAUCAGCUUUACCGAAUUUUGCUGUCUACGCUGAAAACGAGAACCGCUAUAACAGACCCAGCAUCUCUUAUGUGAAAGCAGUUCAAGUGUAUGUAGAAAAUGGUGGUGUCUUCAUCUUCAAAGGUGGUGCUGUUCAUGUGAAUGGUAUCAAAGUCAAUCUGCCAGUGAACCCAUUUCCAGGUGUCUCUGUGUUCAAAUCAGGGAAGCACUACACUGUUUCCUUGAAUUUUGGCGUGACAGUGCGCUAUGAUGGAAACCACUUUAUGGAUGUCAAAGUCAUUAAAGACUACAAGAACAUACUUUGUGGACUGUGCGGGGAUUACAAUGGAAAUUCCAAAGAUGACUUCCGCAAGCCAGAUGGGUCUCUUACCAACAAUGCCAAUGAAUUUGGAAACAGCUGGAAUAUUGAUCCAGAGUGUAACAAUAAACCCAACACCACUCAUCCUGGAUGCGAGCCAGAGGAGCAGAAGCUCUAUGAGAGCUCUGGAUAUUGUGGCAUCCUCCUGGACAUAAACGGUCCUUUUGCUGCAUGUCACGCCAAGGUCAACCCCAAUAAUUACUUCAAGGACUGUGUCUUUGACCUUUGUGAGCUUGAUGGAGCUCACUCUAUUCUGUGUGAAGCCAUUGAAGCCUAUGUCAACGAGUGCCAGGAUCGUGGAGUCAACAUCGGACCCUGGAGGAACGAAACCUUCUGUCCUCUUGACUGCCCUCCCAAUAGCCAUUACGAGCCCUGUGCAGACCCCUGUCAGGAGACAUGUUCUGGUAGACCCUCAUCUUGCAGCGGACCGUGUACCGAGUCCUGUGUGUGUGACUCUGGGUUCAUCCUGAGUGCUGGGAAAUGUGUCACAAACUCUUCAUGUGGCUGCAAACACACAAAUGGACAGUAUUAUGAGCCUGGAGAGGAGUUCUAUGUUGACAACUGUAACCUGAAGUGUAGAUGUGAUGUACCAUUUGUUACAUGCAUGGCAUCUCAGUGCCCUCCAAUGCAUGUGUGUCAAGUUCAGGGGGGAGAGUUGGGCUGUUAUCCAACCACAGGUACACCAGAACCAACAACUCCAGCAGUACCAACACCUAACACCACAAUUCCAGAAUGGACUACACAUGAAACAACCACUCCAGAAUGGGUGACGGCUAAUUCAACGACACCAAGUCGAUGCCCUCCAAAUGCAGAGUACAUAGAAUGUGGCCCAGCUUGUAUCCCUACCUGCAUGGAUCCCUCCACCAAUUGUAGCGGCUCCUGCAUCACCGGUUGCUUUUGCAAACCAGGGUUUGUCUUCAAGGGAAAACACUGUGUACCGAUAGAGAAAUGUGGUUGCCUGGAUCACAACAAUAACUACUAUGAGCCUGGAGAGAUUGUAUUCGGAGACGGCUGUUCUAAGCUGUGUCGCUGUGCUGGGAACUACACACUGGAAUGUGUGGAUAACACCUGUGAUCCAACUGAGGAAUGUCGUGAGGUGAACGGUGUUGCUGGAUGCUAUCCUAAAGGUACAUCCUCCUGCAUCGCAUCCGGGGAUCCACACUACACGACGUUUGACAAGCGCAAGUACAACUUCAUGGGGAACUGCACUUACCAAAUGACCGGAGUCUGCAAUAUAUCAGCUUUACCUAAUUUCACGGUUUACGCUGAAAACGAGAACCGCUAUAACAGACCCAGCAUCUCUUAUGUGAAAGCGGUGCAUGUGUAUGUAGAAAGCGGUGGUGUCUCCAUCUUCAAGGGUGGUGAUGUGCAUGUGAAUGGAAUUAAAGUGAAUCUACCAGUGAAUCCGUUUCCAGGCGUCUCUGUGUUCAAAUCAGGGAAGCACUACACCGUGUCUCUGGAAUUUGGAGUGACAGUGCGCUAUGACGGAAACCAUUUUAUGGAUGUCAAAGUGAUUAAAGAUUAUAAGGAUAUACUCUGUGGACUGUGUGGAGAUUACAAUGGAAAUUCCAAAGACGACUUCCGCAAGCCAGAUGGGUCUUUGACCAACAAUGCCAAUGAGUUUGGAAACAGCUGGAAUGUUGAUCCAAAGUGUAACAACAAACCCAACACAACUCAUCCGGGAUGUGAACCAGAGGAGCAGAAACUCUAUGAGAGCUCUGGAUAUUGUGGCAUCUUGUUGGACAUAAAUGGUCCUUUUGCUGUAUGUCACGCUAAGGUCAACCCAAAUGAUUACUUCAAGGACUGCGUCUUUGACCUUUGCGAGCUUGACGGGGCUCACUCCAUUCUGUGUGAAGCCAUCGAAGCCUACGUCAACCAGUGCCAGGAUCGUGGAGUCAACAUUGGACGCUGGAGGAACGAAACUUUCUGUCCUCUUGACUGCCCUCCCAAUAGCCAUUACGAGCCCUGUGCAGACCCCUGUCAGGAGACAUGUUCGGGUAGACCCUCAUCUUGCAGCGGACCGUGUACCGAGUCCUGUGUGUGUGACUCUGGCUUCAUUCUGAGUGCUGGGAAAUGUGUCACCAACUCUUCGUGUGGCUGCAAACACACAAAUGGACAGUAUUAUGAGCCAGGAGAAGAGUUCUAUGUUGACAACUGUAAUCUGAAGUGUAGGUGUGAUGUCCCAUUUGUUACUUGUAUGGGAUCUGAGUGCCCACCAAUGCACGAGUGUGAAGUCCAAGGUGGAGAGUUGGGCUGUUAUCCAACAACAGGACCUAGUACACCAGAACCAACAACUCCAGCGGUACCAACACCUAACACCACAAUUCCAGAAUGGACUACACCUGAAACAACCACUCCAGAAUGGGUGACGGCCAAUUCAACGACUCCAAGUCGGUGCCCUCCAAAUGCAGAGUACAUAGAAUGUGGCCCAGCUUGUAUCCCUACCUGCAUGGAUCCCUCCACCAAUUGUAGCGGCUCCUGCAUCACCGGUUGCUUUUGCAAACCAGGGUUUGUCUUCAAGGGAAAGCACUGUGUACCAAUCGAAAAAUGUGGCUGCCUCGAUCACAAUAAUAACUAUUAUGAGCCUGGAGAAAUCAUAUUUGGAGACGGCUGCUCUAAGCUCUGUCGCUGUGCUGGGAACUACACCCUGGAAUGUGUGGAUAAUACCUGUGAUCCAACUGAAGAAUGUCGCGAAGUAAACGGCGUUGCCGGAUGCUAUCCUAAAGGUACAUCCUCCUGCAUAGCAUCCGGGGAUCCACACUACACGACGUUUGACAAGCGCAAGUACAACUUCAUGGGGAACUGCACUUACCAAAUGACUGGAGUCUGCAAUAUAUCAUCUUUACCUAAUUUUACGGUUUACGCUGACAACGAGAACCGCUAUAACAGACCCAGCAUCUCCUAUGUGAAAGCGGUGCAUGUGUAUGUAGAAAGUGGUGGUGUCUCCAUCUUCAAGGGUGGUGCUGUGCAUGUGAACGGAAUCAAAGUGAAUCUACCAGUGAAUCCGUUUGCAGGCGUCUCUGUGUUCAAAUCAGGGAAGCACUACACCGUGUCCUUGGAUUUUGGCGCGACGGUGCGCUAUGACGGAAACCACUUUAUGGAUGUCAAAGUGAUUAAAGACUACAAGAACAUACUUUGUGGACUGUGUGGAGAUUACAAUGGAGAUUCCAAAGAUGACUUCCGUAAACCAGAUGGGUCAUUGACCAAGAAUGCUAACGAAUUUGGAAACAGCUGGAAUGUUGAUCCAGAGUGCAACAAUAAACCCAACACCACUCACCCCGGAUGUGAGCCAGAGGAGCAGAAGUUGUAUGAGAGUUCUGGAUAUUGUGGUAUCCUGAUGGAGAAAAAUGGUCCUUUUGCUGCGUGUCACGCCAAGGUCAACCCCAACGAUUAUUUCAAGGACUGUGUGUUUGACCUUUGUGAGCUUGAUGGAGCUCAUUCCAUUUUGUGUGAAGCCAUCGAAUCAUACGUCAACGAAUGCCAGGACCGUGGCGUCAACAUUGGACCCUGGAGGAACGAAACCUUCUGUCCUUUCGACUGCCCUGCCAACAGCCAUUACGAGCCCUGUGCAGACCCCUGUCAGGAGACAUGUUCGGGUAGACCAUCAUCCUGUAGCGGACCUUGCACCGAGUCCUGUGUGUGUGACCCUGGCUUCAUCCUGAGUGCUGGCAAAUGUGUCACCAACUCUUCGUGUGGCUGCAAACACACCAAUGGCCAGUAUUAUCAGCCUGGAGAGGAGUUCUAUGUUGACAACUGUAAUCAAAAGUGUAGGUGUGAUGCACCAUCAGUUACCUGUAAAGCAUCCCAAUGCCCCCCACUGCACGAGUGUAAAGUCUUGGAGGGAGAACUGGGCUGCUAUCCAUCAGGUUCUCAGGACUGCAUCGUCUCUGGGGAUCCACACUACAACACUUUUGACAAAAGGUUCUACAGUUUCAUGGGCACCUGUACCUACACGCUGGCCAGAACCUGCAGGAACAACACAGGUCCUUGGUUUUCAGUGGAGGCAAAGAAUGAGGAACGAGGUGUACCUGGAGUGUCCUACCUGCGAAAACUCUACAUCACAGUGGACGGAAUAACUUUGACGCUUAUGAAGGGCAAGAGGACCUUGGUGAACGGACUCCGUGUGGCGCUACCUUACUCCCCAUCUCCUGCGGUGAUGGUCAGCCGUGCCGGCCAGUACGUGACAGUGCAGACAUCCUUUGGCCUCAAAGUGCGUUGGGACGGGAACCAUUUUGCCCAGAUCUCUGUACCAAGCUCCUACCACGAUCAGAUGUGCGGUCUGUGCGGCGAUCUGGAUGGGAACCCGGACAACGACUUCACCAAGCCAGAUGGCGUCCUCGUUCCCAAUGUCAAUGACUUUGCCAACAGCUGGCAGACAGAAGAAGACGAGGAUGACUCGUGUUCCGCAGGCACCGGGCCCGAGCCAGACUGCGAUCCCAAACUUGAGGCCGAGGUGGUCAAACCGGACAAAUGCGGAAAACUCAACGAUACCGCUGGACCUUUCCGGGAGUGCGUCAGCGUGGUGAAUCCCGCGCCGUUCUUCCAGAGCUGUGUUUACGACAUGUGCCGCUUCAACGGGCAGCAGCAAGUACUAUGUGACCAACUGCAGGCCUACACGGAGGCCUGCAACAGUGCCGGAGUCAAAGUGCACCAGUGGCGGAGUCCCAACUUCUGUCCCCUGGAGUGCCCUCCCAACAGCUCGUACUCCUUGUGCGUGAGCUCCUGCCCGGAGACGUGCUUGGGCACGGCGGGAGCUCCCGGCUGCGGCGACGUCUGCGUGGAGGGUUGUGCUUGUGACGCCGGCUUCGUACUCAGCGACGACAAGUGCGUGUCGCUCAAAGACUGCGGCUGCAUAGACCCUGAUGGGAUUUACCAUCCUGUGGGCGACGACUGGUACUUGGAAGGCUGUGAGCAGAGGUGCAUGUGCCAAGGAGGGGGCACGAUCCAGUGUUCUAACAGUAGCUGCAAAGCUGGCACAGAGAUUUGUCAGCUGCACGAUGGAGAGUACAAAUGCCGUCCUUUAGGAAACGGAAUAUGUUCUGUAUCCGGCGACCCCCACUACACCACCUUCGACAAGCGCACCCAUCAUUACAUGGGAGCCUGCUCAUAUACCUUAACCAAACCCUGCAACGGUUCCUCAUCCGGCUUGCCUUACUUCAGCGUGGACACCCAGAAUGAGCGCAGGGGCAGCAACAAGAAGGUUUCCUACGUCAGAGCAGUUGUUGUCCAAGUCGAUGGGGUUACGGUCAUCCUUGGCAAGGGGCGAACCGUCCAGGUAAAUGGGACGGCAGUUGUCCCGCCUGUGACAUGGAUGGGCGGUGUCAAGAUCUACCUGAGUGGCAAGUUUGUCGUCCUGGAGACAUCUUUCCACUUGAGGGUUCGAUUUGACGGGAACCAUCACGCCGACAUCACCGUGCCUGCUUCCUACAAUGGGCAGCUUUGCGGAAUGUGCGGAAAUUUCAACGGAAAUCCAUUUGAUGACAACUUGAAACCGGACAAGACGCCUGCAUUUACAACUAAUGAACUUGGAGACAGCUGGCAGGUUCCUGACCCAAGGCCGGAUUGCACCAACGAUGGUGGCCAGGAAGACUGCGACCCUAAGGUACAGGAGGAAGCCCAGAAGCCGACCAGCUGUGGGAUGAUCACCGAUCCCAACGGUAUCUUCAGACCAUGUCACUCAGUCGUCCCACCCGAGCCGUAUUUUGACAACUGCGUGUACGAUAUGUGCGCCACCGAUGGGCAGACCGUGGCCCUGUGCCAGGCGGUGCAGAGCUACGCCGAUCUGUGUGCCGCGGCGGGAGUCGCCAUUGCGUGGAGGAACAACACCUUCUGCCCUCUCAAAUGUCCCGCUGGAAGUCAUUACACCCCGUGCGGUUCCGCCUGCGCCCAACCUAGUUGUCAGGACCCGGCCGGACCGGGAGGUGCCUGCGAACAGCCGUGCGUGGAGGGCUGCGUCUGCAACCCCGGCCUAAUUUGGAGCGGGGACAAAUGCGUGCCGCUCAGCCAGUGCGGCUGCACCGACCGUGAUGGAAUGUACAGGCCGGUGGGCGCCACUUGGUUGACGGAAGCCGACUGCUCGGAGCGUUGCAAGUGCCAUGCGGACCGCAAUGUGACCUGCGAGCCUUGGAGCUGUAGCCCAGCGCAGGAGUGCAAAGUGAUGGACGGAGUCCUGGACUGCCACUCCACAGGUAAAGGUGUAUGCCACGUAGCCGGAGACCCUCACUACUACACCUUUGACAGUGUCAUGCACACCUUCAUGGGCACGUGCACUUACACUCUCGUUGAGGUUUGCAACGCCUCCAUGGUGACGUCGUUCCGAGUGGUGGCCAAAAACGAAGAGCGCGGCCAACCGGAGGCCUCCUACGUCCGCUGGGUUAGGGUUUACCUGCCACACGACACUCAGAUUGAGCUGCAAAAGGGACGCAGAGUUCUGUUGAACGGUCGCCGGGUAAGGACUCCGGUGAGUGUGGAAGGAGCCAAGGUGAUCACCAGCGGCGCGUAUAAUCUCUUGGACACAGACUUUGGUCUGCAAGUUAAAUUUGACGGCGUUCAUCACCUGGAGAUCACCGUACCCGGAGAAUAUUUUGAUAAGCUGUGCGGCAUGUGCGGCAACUACAACCACAACUCCAGUGACGACAACUUGAAACCCGACAAGACGCCCGCCAAGGACGUCAUCCAACUAGGCAACAGCUGGAAGUCGGAGGGCGACAGUGAUCCAGGGUGUCAGCCAGACAACCGGCCCAACGUUCACCCGAACUGCACACCGGAGGAAGAGACGCAGUUCGAAUCCCGUUGCUCUAGCGUGCUCCUUUCCGAUGCUUUCCGAGCCUGCCACUCCUUGGUGCCCCCAGAGGCCUUCACGGGGAACUGCGUGUAUGACAUGUGCGAGUACGACGGCAUGCCGGCUACGCUCUGCGAUAACGUGGAGGCCUACGCUCAGGCCUGCCACGGCGCCGGAGUUACCGUCAGCUGGAGGAACAGCACCUUCUGUCCGUUGCCGUGCCCCCCCAACAGCCACUAUUCGGACUGCACACCAGCUUGCCCCCCGACCUGCUCCGACCUGUUCCCUCUCUCCUGCCAUUUGCCACCCAGCAGCUGCGUGGAGGGAUGCCAGUGCGACGGCGGUUUCGUCCUCAGCGACAGCAAGUGCGUGCCUCUUAGCCAAUGCGGUUGUCUGGACUCAGACGGAGAGUACCACGAUGUCGGAGACUCGUGGCUGACGGCCAAAUGCCUAUCCGAGUGCAGAUGCGACCUUGGCGGUGUGAUCGCGUGCUCCGAUCAAAGCUGCGAUUCCAACUCUGUGUGCGACCUGGACAAAUACGGAGACGUCUACUGCAGGCCUGCCCAGUUCGACAAGUGCACCGUCGCGGGAGAUCCUCACUACCGAACUUUUGACGGAUUCACGCACCACUUUCAGGGGCCUUACUUAUACGUCCUGACCACCUACCAGUAUCAGCAGAGUGCCCGACCCUCCCUAACGGUGAGGGGGAAGAACAUCCGACGAGGCGGGAACAAGCGGGUGUCCUUCCUGGACCAGAUCUACGUCGAUGUCUACGGCGUCAACGUGCGCUUCAUGCAGGGCAACGAAGUCCUGGUUAACGGCGAGAUUGUUUCACCCCCUAUGACUCCGGUGGAAGGUUUACUCAUCAGCAUGAACUCCAGGCAGGUUCAGCUCACCACCGACUUCGGACUCACCGUCCGUUUUGACGGCAGAAGUCGAGCAGAAAUCAUCCUGCCCAGCACGUACAAGAAUUCCGUGAGAGGUCUGUGCGGAAACUACGAUGGCAUCCGCCGCAACGAGUACAUGAAGCCGGACGGGACGGUCGCUGCCAGCCUAAACGACUUUGGCGAAAGCUGGAGGGUCAGGGACCGCAUGGCCGCCAUUCCCGCUGUUUCUGCCGUCCACGUUGACAGUCGAGAAGCGGACAUGGAUCCCGAUUCCGGAUUCGAGACGUCGGACUGCUCCGAGGCCCAGCUGGUUGACUACGCCGGCCCUGAUGUGUGCGGCGCCAUAUCGGACGCCGCGGGGCUUUUUGCUGCCUGCCACGCUGUAAUUCCACCCACCACUUACCAGGACGACUGCGUGUACGACCUGUGCGCCGAACAAGGUAGCGAAGAGCUGCGCUGCGCUAGCUACGACGCCUACGCCGCCGCCUGCCAAGAGGCCGGCGUUACCUUGGGACCGUGGCGACAACAGCUAGGCUGCGUGCUGCAGUGCGAAGGCAACAGCACGUACUCGCCGUGUAUGUCUGCAUGCCCAGCUUCCUGCGCCGACCUGGCGGCGCCUUCGGAGUGCGGCGUAGCUUCCUGCGUGGAAGGCUGCCAGUGCGCCCCCGGAUUCGUCAUGAGCGAGGGCGGCUGCGUACCCUACGCGCAGUGCGGAUGCAGCUUCCUUAAUCGAUACUACCCGCUGAAGGAAACUUUUGUGACCGAAGAUUGCGCCCAGUCCUGCGAGUGCACCGCUACCGGCGCUGUGUGCCAGGCUAAAAGCUGCAAGCCGGGCUUCGUUUGCGCCAUUUACGACUACAGACGAGACUGUCACAGAGCGGGCCCGUGCCUCAGCAGCCCCUGUUUGAACGGAGGAACUUGUCUCGAGAUCGACGACCAAUCCUACUCGUGCCUCUGUGCACCAGGCUACGAGGGCGCUGACUGUCAGAUUGAGAUUACGGGCACGGAAGGACUUGAAACCAAAUGGAUCAUCCUGAUCGCGGUGCUGGUGUCUGCUGCCGUCGUCAUCGUGGUCAUCAUCACCGUUGUGUGCGUUUGCAAAAACGUCGACAAGUCAGACCUUUAUGUAAUUCAGAAGCAGCCGUCAUUUGGCAACGGGAAAAAACAGAAGAAAGACAACCAGUUCAGAAUGAAGUCAAAAAGUGUCCCCUAUGAGAACAUGGAUGAAAUACCGAAGAACAAUGUGACAAAUAUGUGAUAUGAAUCCUCAGCAUCUCUUUAGUGUUUUUAUGAUUCACAGUUUAUUCAUCAAAUGUCAUUUUGCUCAAUGUUGGUCACUCCACUGUUUUCGCUACUUUGUUAACUUAUAAAGUCCAAAAAACUGAAAUGUACAAAUCUCUGCAUUUUAUGUAUUUUUAUGA